CGAGUGACCGGGUCCGGGCGGUGGGCCUUGGGUGGCUAAAGUCUCCUUUUGGAACUUGUUAAUUCAAGUGCGUUGGCGGUGAAUGAAUUCAAGUGCGUUCAGAUCCAACAAGUCGUACAACCAAACCAGAGCAAGUGAACCCGAUAGAGGACCAGAGAAAGAUGGAAGAUCCCAACACCCAGAGAUACGGUGUUCCUCUCUACGGAGCUGCUUGGGUCCCCUCUAACGCCACCAUAUCCACCGUUUCCGACGAUCAUAAUCCCGACGAUGCCGUUGUCGACGGAGAAAAAUCCUCCGCAUUUCUGGCUCUCGCCGGCGGUGGAGGAGAAGGCCGUAGCGGCAUUCCCAACGCAAUUCUCCUAACAGAGUUCGACUUUUCCGCUAAUUCUCUCUCCUCUCAACCUGUUUCCAGAGUUGGAACUGCUAAUGAAUUGCCUUACAGAAUGGCAGUUCAUCCUAGGGGUGAUGGUCUUAUCUGCUCUUUUCCCAGCAGCUGCAGGUGGUUUGAUUGGGACGUGACUAAUAAUAAUGAAAAUGAGAGACUGGGUUUAAUUUCGUCGGACAAGAUGCGUACCAAGUUGGAAGAUGUUGGCCAACAGUUGGCUAUAACAUUCAGUGAGGAUGGCUCUUUGCUUGCUGCUGGCGGUGAGGAUGGCAAAUUAAGAGUCUUCAAGUGGCCCAGCUUGGAAGUUCUAUUUAAUGAGGAGAAAGCAUAUACUUCUGUGAAGGACCUACAUUUCAGUGUAGAUGGAAAGUAUCUGGUCUCUUUAGGAAGUGGUGGUCCUUGCAAGGUUUGGGAUGUAACUUCAUCAAAAGCUGUAGCUACUUUACCCAAGGAGAAUGAUGAGAAUUUCAGGUUUUGCAGAUUUUCUCAAAGUAGUGAAAGGGACCAGGUUCUGUACACAAUUGCUAUGCGAGAUAAAGGUGGGAGUAUAAUAUCGUGGAACACCAGAUCCUGGAAAAGAAUAGCUUCAAAGCAUAUCGGCCGGGAUGCAGUUACUGCAUUUAAUGUCUCAGUUGAUGGAAAGCUUCUAGCCAUUGGGACCAAUGAAGGAGACGUCGUGAUUAGAGAUACAUCAAAGAUGCAAGUCCAGAUGAACGUGAAGAAGGCACACCUGGGCCUGGUAACUGCAUUGACUUUCUCACACGACUCAAGGGCUUUGUGUUCUGCUUCCAUGGAUUCAAGUGUCAGAGUGACACUGGUUCAAGAAAGAAGUGCUAAUGGUUUCAACUAUGGGAUCAUCUUUUUCAUGAUACUACUAGUUGCAAUUGUCGUUGCUUUCUUGAUGAGACAAGGAAUGAUUCCUGGAUUCUUAACUAGGUUUGACUAAAGUUUGCGGAUGAGAUAUAUUGGAGCCUCUUUCAAGUAUAACCAUGUCUAAAAUUUGUCUUAGACACAGCUCAAUAAUGUAUUUGUAUUAUUUUAUACCAGAAGUGAUUGUGUUGACAACUGAAAUUUUAAGUGACAGAAGAAAAACAUGUUAGAUAUUGUUUUACUAGUGCCUCGAACAUCAAAAUUUCAUAAUUGUUGGAGUCGAGUGUAUAAUGCCGUAUUUUUGACUUGUUUUAGAUA